GUUUUCAUUAAAUUAUACUAUAUAGCUCAUUUUUACUUUGUGACUGUGGUAACAACCCCAUGCUAAACCUGACGUAAUUGUUAACAGGGGAACAACAAACGUGGAGAGUGAAGAUGUCAACUCCAGCAAGACGGCGUUUAAUGAGAGAUUUUAAACGGCUUCAAGAGGACCCUCCUGCUGGAGUUAGUGGAGCCCCUUCUGAAAACAAUAUCAUGGUGUGGAAUGCCGUCAUUUUUGGCCCAGAGGGAACCCCUUUUGAAGAUGGAACUUUCAAACUCACAAUAGAAUUCACAGAGGAAUACCCUAACAAGCCUCCAACAGUGCGUUUUGUCUCCAAAAUGUUUCAUCCAAAUGUCUAUGCAGAUGGUAGUAUAUGCUUGGACAUUCUUCAAAACCGCUGGAGUCCGACAUACGAUGUUUCUUCAAUCCUAACUUCAAUACAGUCUUUACUGGAUGAGCCGAAUCCGAACAGCCCAGCCAACAGCCAGGCAGCUCAGCUGUACCAGGAGAACAAGCGGGAGUAUGAGAAGAGGGUGUCUGCCAUCGUGGAACAGAGUUGGCGUGAUUGUUGACCCCCUCACCAUUCACAAAGAAUGAACAAUAUCCAGCCUCAAGUCGUAACAAAAACACAGAAGACAAAUAUCUCAUAAAGGAAAUGAAAUGCGCAUCAUGGUUUAAAUCCUUCUCUGCAUUAUGUGUGUCUGUAGUGAGGUUUGUAUGUUGUUGUGGUAUCACUUCAUGCAGAAUGCUCCUCCUGGACAAGAGCACAUCAUUAAAGUAAAUUGAUGUUGUUAAAUCUGGGUUACUUACAAUGUAAUUUACCCCAAUAUUUCUAUCUUGAGACAAAAAGGUAUGUUCAUUUGUAGUUAAUUUUGUAUCUUGUCGUUUUAGUGGUUUUAAGUCCUCUACAGUGUGAUUUGCUGUGUGGAUCAACAUUUUUUCUUUUUUUCUAUUCUUUGAAUGUUUGGUUUCUAGCUUCUCUCACCCAUUUGCCUUUUUGAAACUUUAGUAUGAUAUUAACUAAGAAACAAUAUGAUGAACACCGGUCAUGGACUUCUAUUCCCAACCAAUGUCAAUCUCAAUAUCCUAUCCUUUUUUUUAAUGCACAAACCGUGUUCUUGUUGGGGCUUUGUGCCAAAUGGCGCUUUCAUCAAUGAAUGAUAUGCAUCAGGAAUCAAGUGUUUCAGAAAGGAACGUACUUGGUGCACUUUCAAAAGUCCUGUAACUGUUGCAACAAAAAUAAAAAAGCUACAAGUAACUGUUUCCAUGGACAGUUUUUAUGCAAGUAAAAUAAUGUGUGUAUAUGUGUGUGAAUAUAAAAAUCACGACAGCUGUGCUAGAAAAGGGGUGUUUUGGUGUACUUUUAUAAAUGCCAGAUCAUUUGUUCGUUUGACAUGGUGUGAUCUUUUUGUCGGUAAAAUGAAUGUGGGAAAUGGCAGUGGCAAUGCCUUUAUGUGUAAAUAUUGAUAUAACCGUUAUGUCAAAGUACAUUUGGAGUCGUGGCGAUAUGUGUGAGAUAUUCCCACUACAACUCUGUUUAUGCAGAUUAUUAGGCUGCAGUUGAAAUAAAUUCUGAUUAACUUCA